CCCCAGAGUGUGGCAGCGCUCCGCCAUAUUGACUGUUGUCUCGACUGGAGAAGAUAGGGAAACAUUUGUGAUCCGAGAACAAAUAGAAACCGUGCUUUUAAACAUCCCUAAACUAGUGCAACCGUGACCAAAGGAUAUAUCCGAGAUCUGCGCGAUGGCGAGGAAGAAAAACAAACAACAAGGAGUCGGGAGCAAGGAGCUGGUGUCCGGACAACAGAGCAUAUCGAAGAGCCCCGUCCCUCCCGGAGAUGCAGCUGGCGGGGAUGCAGGGCUGGAUAGACUGGCGGCCAGGGCGAACCAGCCGAGGCACACCUGCUGCCUCCUGUGUCACCGUGAGUUUAAGGACUGGGGGGCGAGCUCUGCCAACGGUCUGCCUGGGGGUCACGGGGCGAAGCUAGCUGACGCUGUCCCAGCCCUGUCCCAGGCCCUGCUCCGAGAGGUGCCGGGCCAGAAGCUGUCCGACACCGUGCCUUCGCUGAGCCAGUCUCUACUGGGAGAGGUUCCGCUCUGGAUCUGCCAGAGCUGCCGGAAGAGUGUUGAGGAAGAGGAGAGACAGAGCACCCAGGAAACGCCUGCACCGGUUCCGUUGUCCCACUCAUCGUUGUGUAGGGCUCAGAGUUGUGGGAAUGGUUACCCAGAGCAGAGCUCGGUAGACUGGGACCCAUCCUCCUUCCUCUCAGCCCACAAGCUUUCUGGUCUCUGGAACUCGGCUCACAACAACGGAGGGAUCCACUGCAACCACAGCACUGCCUCGCACGCACAGCAAGGAACAGGGGGACCAGCGUGUCAUGAGAAGCGAGGCUCUCAUGAGGCUCCUGGGAAAUCUGCUAAAACGCCUGGGGCCAAAGUGUGCCCCUACAGCCACCCUUCCCAGAAUUCCAGUGGUUCUUCCCCCGGGAACCCGCUCUCUACCUCCGGGGACCUCUGUAAGACCACCCCAAAGCACUUCAAGACCAUGUGCCGACGACCAACACCGCCUGGGGAAGCAUUCCACCCCAGCGACCACCACCAACACUCAGACCUGUCUGUCCCCCCCAACAGCCCCACUGGCCUCUCCUCCUCCUCUUCUCAGCAUUCCUCUCUCCUGCCCCUCAAGCAGAGCUCCGGAGGGCAGCAGCACGGCCAUGUCACAUCCUCCUCCUCCUCCUCUACCGGUCUAGCUGCUCACGCCCCCUUCUCCCCGCUGGUACCAAACCUCCACGUCCCCGCGGCAGGGGCCAAGCUGGGGGCCCUGGGUGGCCCUGACUGCUCAGCAGGGGCCAAGCUGGGGGCCCUGGGUGGCCCUGACUGCCCAACAGGGGCCAAGCUGGGGGCCCUGAGUGGCCCUGACUGCUCAGCAGCGGCCCUCCAUAAGCCCUUGGCAUGUAAGAACUCACACAUUCCUCCUGUGAACGGCCAGCACAGCAAACUGGGCCCCUCCCAGAUGGGCUGUAACCACCCCUGUAAUGGCCACAGUGGGGGGGCGCUGCCCUCUUCCAACGUGGGACACCUGACCGCUGGGCAACACCUGACCGCUGGGCAACACCUGACCGCUGGGCAACACCUGACCGCUGGGCAACACCUGACCGCUGGGCAACACCUGACCGCUGGGCAACACCUGACCGCUGGGCAACACCUGACCGCUGGGCAACACCUGACCGCUGGGCAACACCUGACCGCUGGGCAACACCUGACCGCUGGCGCCUGCAGGGACCAGGCGUGUAAAGGACAUAAGCUGUCUAACGGGGCGGGGGGGUUGUGUCACCCCCCUUCGGAGCUGGAGGAGGGAGAGGACGAGGACUCUAGUUCUGAGAGGAGCUCCUGUGCUUCCUCCUCAAACAACCAGAAGGAUGGGAAGUACUGUGACUGCUGCUACUGUGAGUUCUUCGGACACAACGCGCCCCCGGCGGCGCCGACCAGCCGUAACUACACAGAGAUCCGAGAGAAGCUCCGGUCCCGGCUGACGCGUCGCAAGGAGGAGUGUCUUCCCCAGAGACGGGACUCUGACCCGGCCGUGUCCACCUCCAUCGACCACCGAGACGUGGACGAGCUGCUGGACUUCAUCAACUCCUCAGAGCACAAACCAGCCAACAGCGCUAAGGCUGCCAAGCGGGCACGCCAUAAACAGAAGAAGAAGGAGAAGCAGACCCAGGCGGGUAGUGGUGAUGGUGAGGGAGCUGGUAGCGACCCACCCUCCACCCCUCCAGAGCCCAGUGAGGACCCAGACCACCUCAGCCUGGAGGAGGAGGAGGAGGAUGUGGAUGGGGAGUACGGUGAGGGCCCGGAGGCUAGUCGGCUGCUGGAGUGGCCCCAGCUGGAACUAGAGAGGGUCAACUCCUUCCUGACCUCUCGGCUAGAGGAGAUCAAGAACACCAUCAAGGACUCUAUCCGGGCCUCCUUCUCCAUGUACGACCUCAACCUGGAUGUGAAUGACUUCCCCAAAAAAGCGGCUACUCUGGAGGGCAACCAUCUUCUCUCCCACCUCAACGGCUCCUCCUGCUCUGACCUGCAGCAGAUAGACCUCGACCUGGCCCCUCUCUCCCUGGGUACCUUCAAGAGCCAUCUGGAUCUGGUCAGCGGCUGGGAGGAGGCCCAUCCCCGGGACAACUCCCCCAUCGGCCCCAUCUCACCCCCGGCUUGUGCUACUGUACCUGGAGUAGGGGGACCAUGGGCUGCGGCUGGUACUGGGGCGAAGGAUGUUCAGAGGCUCCACACCACCCCCAGCCUCUCCAAGCUGAUCCGGGUGCGCUCCCCAGAGAGGUGCCCCUCUGCUAGGCUUGAGAAUAAACACCAUGCCCCUGCUUCGAUCCAGACCCAGGCCUCUAUUAAGGUAGCUAAGCCUAAAGAGGAGAACCCAGCGGAGCUCAAGAACAUGACUACCCCUACUCCUGGGGUUAAUGUUGGGGCUGGUAAGAAUAUGACUACCCCUACUCCUGGGGUUAAUGUUGGGGCUGGUAAGAACAUGACUACCCCUACUCCUGGGGUUAAUGUUGGGGCUGGUAAGAAUAUGACUACCCCUACUCCUGGGGUUAAUGUUGGGGCUGGUAAGAACAUGACUACCCCUACUCCUGGGGUUAAUGUUGGGGCUGGUAAGAACAUGACUACCCCUACUCCUGGGGUUAAUGUUGGGGCUGGUAAGAACAUGACUACCCCUACUCCUGGGGUUAAUGUUGGGGCUGGUAAGAACAUGACUACCCCUACUCCUGGGGUUAAUGUUGGGGCUGGUAAGAACAUGACUACUCCUACUCCUGGGGUUAAUGUUGGGGCUGGUAAGAACAUUACUACUCCUACUCCUGGGGUUAAUGUUGGGGCUGGUAAGAACAUUGCUACUCCUGGGUCUGGGGUUAAUGCUGGGGCUGGUAAGCUGAAGAAGGGCAAGAAGCAGCAACGUCAGGACCAGCUGCCUCCAGAACAGAACCAGACCAGACCCGGAUCCAAAGCAGCUGCGGAGUUGCAGAAAACUGGUUCUGAUGCUGUGGGUUCUAAGGCUGGUUCUGGUUCCAAACCACCACCUCACUCGGCUGAGAGCCAGAGAACCGGGGCAAGGAGGGCAGAGGAGACCAGACCCACCCGGCAGCAGGCCACCAACGGGACAGCGAGUAGCUCUGGUGCUCCCAGCACCCAAAGAGGGAAGGGGGAGGAGCAAGAGGCCAAAGGUCACUCUGUCACCUCAACCAAUCACAACCAAGCCCAGCAGCAGCAGCAACCCAAGGGGAAGAAUAAGAAGAACAAGAACAAGGGAGAGAAAACCAGCCGCAACAUCGACGAUGUGUUUCUCCCUAAAGACGUGGACCCAAAAGAAAUGGAUGAGAUUGAUCGUGAGGUGGAAUACUUCAAAAGGUUUUGCCUCGACUCUGCUAAACAGCCCCGCCAGAAGGUUGCAGUAAACUGGUCCAACUUUACCCUCAAAAAGGUUCCUUCCAACGCAGCCCAGUAACUGACGGGUUCUAGAAUGCAGAACCAGCCCAGUAACUGACGGGGUUCUAGAAUGCAGAACCAGUCCAGUAACUGACGGGGUUCUAGAAUGCAGAACCAGCCCAGUAACUGACGGGUUCUAGAAUGCAGAACCAGCCCAGUAACUGACGGGUUCUAGAAUGCAGAACCCCCCCAACACAACUAUGUCCAUACAACCACGACGGCCUGAGGCCUUCUCUCAUUCCCACUCUUCGUCCUCCUCCUCGUUUUCCUCACCAAGCCGAGGGACCCUGGGUGCAACACCAUUUUCCAUUCAGGACUGCGAUACUGCGUUGCUAUUGGCUGACAGCCAGGGAUCAUUCAGGAGCGACUGAGACUAGACUUUGCUGUUUUGCAACGAGGGAGAAGAGGUCCAGGUUGAAACAUGGAGAACUGACACCCUUUAGUUUAUCAGAUCUAAUCUACUGUGUACUUCACUAUGUAGUAUGGAAAACAGUUACCUUAUACAAUAAAAAAUGUCUUUUUAUUGCAAUUGUGGCACAUUUGAA